UCAGAAACAAAACCUCACUCACUAUUUCUUUAAGAAAAACGUUUUUUUUUUUGUCCUUUAGUCUACGGAAAGGUUCAUUCGUUUUUAUUUUGUUUGCCAAGGGGACUUAAAAUAUAUUUGGAAAGAUUCUAAUUCUUGAAGUUCUUGAUUCCUUUCUUCAUUCUGCCUCUGAUUUCAUUCUAAGGAAGAUAGGCCGGGCUGUUUUAACCUCACUUCUGGGGGAAUUAACGCCUUUGGAGAGAAUUAACGGAUUUUGAAGACCUACAGGGUGCCCUGAGCGCCAAACCGAGAGCGCAGUACGCUCUGCUUGAGACGCUGGGUGUCACAAAGGGAAUCGGGCAAGACAGGUACCAGAGCCUGUCCUGCUGUCGCCAGGAGAUGCAUUUUAUUUGUCAUUAAAGGAGACGGAAGAGCCCACGAAGAGAGAAAACACACUAGAGAGAAACCCGCCGCAUUUGUUCAAGGACGAUGGUUCAAUGUGCCGGCUGCGAGCGGCCUAUAAUGGACCGGUUUCUUCUCAAUGUCCUGGACCGGCACUGGCACAUCCAGUGCGUGCAGUGCUGUGACUGCCAGUGCAAUUUAACCGAGAAGUGCUUCUCUCGAGAAGGCAAAUUGUACUGCAAAAAUGACUUCUUUCGACGCUUUGGCACCAAGUGCGCCGGUUGCGGUCACGGCAUCUCGCCCAGCGACCUGGUGCGCCGGGCGCGGAGCAGCGUCUUCCACCUGAGCUGCUUCACCUGCAUCCUGUGCAGCAAGCAGCUCUCCACGGGAGAAGAGCUCUACGUCGUGGACGAGAACAAAUUCGUCUGUAAAGAUGACUAUCUGAACGGCGGCAGCGAGAAGGACACGAACCUCCCGUCAGUUACCACGUCCAGCGAUCCCAGUUUAUCUCCUGAUUCCCAAGACGCUCAGGAUGACGGCAAAGACGUAGACGUCGGGCCGUUAUCGGACAAAGAGGCAGCGAGCACCGAGCCGGAGGAGCCGAGCCUGAGCGGGAAGCGCCGCGGUCCGCGGACCACCAUCAAGGCUAAGCAGCUGGAGACGCUGAAAGCCGCUUUCGCGUCCACGCCGAAGCCGACGAGGCACAUCAGAGAGCAGCUGGCGCAGGAGACCGGCCUCAACAUGCGCGUUAUCCAGGUCUGGUUCCAGAAUCGGCGGUCGAAAGAGCGGCGGAUGAAGCAGCUGAGCGCCCUGGGCGCGCGGAGACACGCCUUUCUCCAGAGCCCGAGGAGGAUGAGGACGGAGCGCUUGCAGUCGGGGGAGCUGCUGCCGGCCGGCCGCUUUUCAGUCUACGGAGAUUUCCGAAAUGACUACUACAGUCCUGGUGGCAGCUUUGACUACUUUCCCCCGGCUCGCCCCCCCACGCAGACCCUGGUGCCGGCUGACCCAGGCUUCGCUCCUUCCCCGGGCCCCCUCCCAGAACCCCCCCUGCCAGGACAGCAUGCCUCGGAGGAGCCCCAGCGCUUCUCGGACCUCCUGUCCCACGAGCCGGGCUGCUCCCCCAGCCCAGAACCUUCCCUCCACACCUCCUCGGACGCCUAUGGCUCCAGCCCCUUGUUCACCUCGCUGUCCAUCGGCGGCGCCGGCGGCUACGGCGCUCACCUGCUCCCCCCGCCCUCAGAGAUGAGCGAAGGCACCGUCUGGUAGCCAAUAGGGGGACAGAUCCCUGCACUGAGGGAGAACCCGGCUACAAAAUCCCAGGACAGCACCCCCUGUCUAUCUAUCUUUUUUUUUAAAUCAUAUUUAUUUACUGGUGGAUUUCUGUGUCAGUAUUAUUUAUUUCUGUUCCAUUUCUAGGACAGGUUUAUUAAUUUAAAUGUUUAAGUAUUAAAAUGUUGUUUUUUUAAGUUAAGUAACAUUGACCAGCAAAGAAACAAGUGCAAAACAAGAUCAUGCGAUCUGCAGUGCUUCGAACCCACAACCUUCCGUCGGACUCUUCACUUAAUUAUGUAUGUUCUAUUCACAUCCUUAUCAUUUGUCAUCACAUUCCUGCGAUGGCCUUUGCUGCAGGUCUGUGACAGGUUGAGGUAAGAGACACACAGAGAUACAAAAAAUAGCGGAGAAGCCGUCAGAACACUUUUCACUGCGGAAAGCACACUUUGGAUUUUGAGCAAAGGGACAAAUCUCCCCUUUGAAUUUUGUAGCCCGAGGAAAACUCAUACCCUUUUUAUGUAGCACUUUUAGGCUAACAGGUUUAUUUUUGUGAAAUUAAAAAUGCAAACUAAUAAAAU